AGACAAUGGGUCAGUUCCUAGGCUGGGGAUGUAUGCCAGCACUUCCAUUUUCUAGCUGAGUGAUCUUUAGCAAAUCAGCUAACUUCACCGAGCCUUAAUUUUCUCAUUUCUUGUAAGGGUUAAGAAUUAGCUACUCUUACCCUUAGACUCCAUGCACAAAAUAACGCUUGUAGUAUUCCAUAGAACCAAUAUAAAAGCAUCUAGAGCUACAGGGUUUGCAUGACUAACCAUUAAGAUAUGAAAACAUUUGGAACUAGGUAAAAAGAUUUAUUUGGGAAAGCUAUUGAGAUUGGGAGUAGAGGUAAACACAAUUAACAUAUUUCCAGGGUUUUUAAUAACAACGACAUAAAAUUGUGCUCAUAAAACCAAAUACAAGGUCUUGGAAGAGGUCCACAGCUUAAGUUUGGUAAGCACUAGUUAGAAUGGAUAGCUUAUAAAAAAAGUUUAAAAAAGAAGAGAAAUCCAGGAGAUAGCCUUUGCUUAAAGGAGCAAAAAGAAAAGCCCACUAUAAAAACACUGUUUGGCUAUUUUUACACCUGUAUGGAAUGCAGCUCAGAGGUCACAGGUUAGUAAAAUGCCAUGACCAUUAGAAGUAGGACAGAUGUAGAAGAUAUGCAGAUAGAUAACAUACAAGGAAAACCCCAUUACCCACAUUUUGAAAGCAAAGACACAAGAUAGGUAACAAGUGUGAAUUAUUCAACAAAUGCAGGGUACAUUCUGGUCCUGCAGUCUUCUUAGCCAUUAGGAAAUCAGCAAAUAUCACCUUUGCCAGGUGCCAGGUUAAGAGUCAGCUCUGGUCCAGCCCACUGUUCGCAGGCCAACGACCUCUUUAGGAGCAGAACUAAGAGGCAAUCCCUGCCCCUCCCCUAUAUGAAGUGAUUUUCAAUGUGAAGAUAGCCCGAAAGAAACUUGUUUUAGCUUUUGUUGAUUGGCAGGGUAUACCUCACCACGCUCCCAAGCACAGACUGGGCUGCCCCAGUGGGCCUGUAGUCUGCAAGCCAGCAACCUGCCGCUAGAGGAUCUCUACAGUAAUUUCUUUCUCGCUUUCCGGUUCAGUUCAAGGUCUGAAGUCAGGACGCAAAAUGGGGGCCUUGUCCCUUGCUGUCCUGCGCGCGCGCGGGUUGCACCAGUGGACCCUGAAGAGUUGGGGGCGGUUUUCAGACCCUCCUCAGCUCAGGCUGAGUGGCCCGAGCACUCGGGCCCCAGUCCGGACAGCCGCGACGCUGAGCCUGGAGCCCGCAGGCCGCAGCCUCUGGGACGAGCCGCUGCGCAUCGCCGUGCACCGCCUCGCCCCCCGGCAGCCCGUCACGCUGCGCGCCGCCCUGCGCGACGAGAAGGGCGCGCUCUUCCGGGCCCACGCGCGCUACCGCGCCGACGCCGCCGGCCGGCUGGACCUGCAGCGCGCGCCCGCGCUGGGCGGCAGCUUCGCGGGCCUGGAGCCCAUGGGGCUGCUCUGGGCCAUGCAGCCCGACAGGCCUUUCUGGCGCCUGCUCAAGCGGGACGUACAGACGCCCUUCGUGGUGGAGCUGGAGGUGCUGGACGGACACGAGCCCGACCAGGGCAAGCUGCUGGCCAGCGCGGUGCACGAGCGCCACUUCCUGGCGCCCGGGGUGCGGCGCGUGCCUGUGCGGGAGGGCCGCGUGCGGGCCACCCUCUUCCUGCCCCCAGAACCUGGACCCUUUCCUGGGAUCGUGGACCUUUUUGGAGUCGGAGGAGGCCUGCUGGAGUAUCGAGCUAGUCUGCUGGCUGGGAAGGGCUUUGCUGUGAUGGCUCUGGCUUAUUAUAACUAUGACGACCUCCCCAAGAGCGUGGAGGCCAUGCACCUGGAGUACUUUGAAGAAGCAGUGAACUACCUGCUCAGUCACCCCGAGGUAAAGGGCCCAGGAAUUGGGCUGCUGGGGACUUCCAAAGGCGGUGAACUAGUUCUCGCCAUGGCCUCUUUUCUGAAGGGCAUCUCGGCUGCCGUCAUCGUCAAUGGCUCUGUAGCUGCUGUCGGAGGAACCAUAUACUAUAAGGAUGAGUCUGUACCUCCUGUGACUGCCAUGAGGAAUCGAGUCAAGAUGACCAAAGAUGGCAUCAUGGACAUUGUGGAUGCCCUGAAAAGCCCUUUGGAAGAACCAAAGAGCUUCAUUCCUGUGGAAAGGUCUGACGCCACCUUCCUGUUCCUUGUAGGUCAGGAUGACCACAACUGGCAGAGUGAGUUCUAUGCUAGUGAGGCCUCCAAGCGCUUGCAGGCCCAUGGGAAGCAAAAGCCCCAGGUCAUCUGUUACCCAGAAGCUGGGCACUAUAUCGAGGUGCCUUAUUUCCCCUUGUGCAAGGCUGCUCUGCACAACUUGGUGGGUGCUCCUAUCCUGUACGGAGGGGAGCCCAGGGCUCAUGCCAUGGCUCAGGUGGAUGUGUGGAUGCAACUGCAGGCUUUCUUCCAUAAAACCCUGGGCGGUAAAGAGUCAGGUGUGUCCUCCUGAGAAUAUAACCCAUUUAUUGAAGUUUUUAACGUCACAUUAGACAUUCUUGAAAGUUUUAGUUCAUUUAAAGUAUUUAACUUUUUUAGACAUUUAUUUUUUCCACCUAUGAAGUAUCAGUAUUACAAUAAUUUCCAUAAAGUAGAUUUCUAUUAGUGAAUAGGGAACAAUUAGAGUCUGUACUUUUUUUUACAAAUUUAAACUUGCAACAUUAUAGAUAAAAUUACUGUUCUUUGUAAUUAUUCAACUAAUGUCACUCUCAUUACUGCCCUUUCCCCCAAGAAAACCUUCGGUGUUUAUUUCAGUGUAUUUUUAUUAACAUGCAUACCUGUAUGAAUAAAACUUUAUUGCGGAAUAAA